AUGAAAAAAACCUUAAUUUCCGAGAUAAAUCAUUAUGUACAAAAAUAUGAUAUGAAAGGAAGGAUUAUUCAUAGUGUUUAUUUUGGAGGAGGUACACCAAGUCUGGCGUUGCCAUCUACUUUUAAAGCCGUUUUAAAUACAAUUGCUAAAGAAUUCACAUUGCCUUCCAAUGUUGAAAUAACAAUGGAGUCAACGGAAACAAAAAAGUUACAAGAAUUUCAUGCAAUAGGAAUAAACAGAUUGUCACUUGGAUUACAAUCUCUUAAUGAUUCGGAAUUAAAGAGGUUAGGUAGAGAUCAUACGUCAAGAGAAGCUAUUGACGCAUUAAAAGAAUCACAAAAAAUUUUUGGAGAAAAUGUUACUUUUGAUUUAAUAUUUGGCAGAGAAGGACAAACUGUUGAAGAUUGGAAAGCUGAAUUAAUGACCGCUUUAGAAAUAGCAUCAAAUCAUAUUUCUUUAUAUGAACUUACAAUCAAGAAAGGAACACCGUUAUAUAAAGAUUUUAUUAAAGGAAAAUUUAAGAAACCGUCACCUGAUCAUAUGGCAAAUUUAUAUGAUACUACACUUGAAAUUACAAAACGAUAUGGAUUUCAACAAUAUGAAGUAUCAAAUUUUCAAAGAAAUGAGAAAUAUAGCAGGCAUAAUUAUGGUUAUUGGAGCGGUUUAGAUUAUUUAGGAAUUGGACCUGGAGCUCAUGGAAGACUAACAGAUUCAGAAACCGGAAUGAGGUUUAGAACAAUAAGAAGAUUGUAUCCAGAAGAAUGGAUGUCACAGUGUGAAGAAACUGGAGAAGGGCAAUAUGAACAAAUGAACUUGGAAGAUGUUAAGAAGGAACUUGUGUUAUUUGGUUUACGCACCAAAAUUGGAAUACCAAGAGCUAGAUUUAGGAAAUAUUCAUCAAAUCAAGAAUUAGAAACGAAUAGGCCCGUUAGAUAUGAUAAUAAUGAAUGGAUGUUGAAUGAUUUUAGAGAAGAAGUGCAGGAUGGUGGGUUGAGACCUACCGACAAGGGGUUGGCUGUAAUUGAUGAAAUAGUUCCAAGGAUAAUGUACUAA